AUGGACUCCCAAAGGAUAUGCCGUGACUUCGCCAGAGGCAAUUGCCGAUGGAAAAACUGCAAAUUUGCUCAUGUGAGCAAUGGCCAAAGCCAUAGUCCAAAAAUUCCAACCAUCCAGAUCCAACACCCUGAGCCCUUGCCCCGACGAGAUCGUGGCUUACCGAAUGCAGAAAAAGCAUUUCGAGCAUGGCAAGGCAGCAUUCCUUUACGCACGACGGCCAUUCGUCCCUCCUCUGGGAAGAAAACGACGAUCUUCCGGAAAGCAAGGGAACUGAUUGACUCUGACGCCAGUAUACGCCAAGAAGUCAUCCAGACAUUGGCGAGUGAAGAUGGCUUGCACCUUGUCUUGGACCUUGUUCAGGAGAACUUCGAAGACAUGGAUGCCGCAACGAGAGACCUUAUUUUCAAGACUCAGGUGCUUCCAUUUCUAGAGACAGUCUCAAAUCCUGAGGUUAUCUCCUCUCUGGUACUGGAGCAGGCUGUGGGCACAAUCUACAAUGUCUUGUUUGGAAUUGACGGGUCUAGAGCAGCGCGAUGGCUCAAUUUCAUCUGUGGCGUUCUCGAAGUCGACACUACCAACGAAGGCAGUGCCAUGUUACUCGAGGCAUCCCUACAUACAUUCUCCCGCAUCGCGGACCUGAAUUCUACGGCUCCUAUCCAGGACUGCUUGCAUGCCGUGGCACAGAGAUUUGAAAUCGUGUUCACCUCGAUGAACAGCAAGAACGGCAUGGGCACUAGGCUUUAUCAAUCUCGGCUGCACCUUGAUCGGCUUCUUCAGCGCAUGGAGACUGGAAAGUCGCUCCCAACGGGAACACCAGAGAAGAAAACCAAGAAUGAAACCAAUAUCGCUUUUGUCCCUAACCGUGAGACUCCCGGAGGCAGACACAACAAUGACUUUGACGACAUCUGCCAGAUUAGGAUUAUGCCUAGCUUUGAAGAAAUUAGCAGCGUUCGAGGGGAGUACUUGCCCGUCAAUAACCCACUUCAGUGGCAUAUUGAUGGCAUCGAGGGGCUGUUAGAUCGAAACUUUCGGUUGUUGCGAGAAGACACCGUCGGUCAACUUCGAGAUGCAAUCCACCACGAACUGAGCCCGCGCGCCCAGCAAUCACAAUUGCGCAAGUUUGUAUAUCCCAAGUCAUCGGUUGUCAAUCUCGAGUUUAAUUGGCUUUCGGGCCUUUACUUCGAAGUCGACUUCCCUCAGCCUGCUGCAGUAGCAAACUACACACCCAUAGCCCGGGAAAUGUGGUGGCAGAACUCAAAACGCCUACAGCCCGGCGCACUUGUGUGCCUCAUGAUUCAAAAGGAUGUCGUGUUGUUUUGCACCGUGACACAUCGUGACAUGUCACCCAGGCGUAAAAGGGAUAGUGUCCUCCCACAGGAUCAUGCCCCCCCACAGAACAAGCCAGAGCCAAAAACAUUGUGGAAGAGCUCCACGAGAGGCUCGGUUACAUUGACGCUGGUUGAUUCUAGGUACACCAACACUCAAGUUGUUCUGGACCUUUUCACUCCCAAGAAACCCACUAUGUCUCUGGUGGAGUUUCCAGGGGUCAUUCUCCCAGCAUUUGAACCGGCGCUCCAAGCACUUCAAUCGAUGAAGGCGGCACAAACCCUGCCUUUCUCAGAGCUGUUUGUUCCGUGGGUCUCUGACGAUUUCAACAUAUCUGAUAUGGCUCCUCCAUUGUAUGCUUCCCAACCUGGCUUUGCAUUCAACCUCCGCUGCCUCAUGAAAGAUGAUACCAAUUUCUACGUCCGCGUUAAUCAACCCUCUGACGUGAAAUACGUACAGGAUCAUUCAACCCUGGAUGAUGCACAGGCUCAUGCGUUAAUCAAUUGUUUGAAGCGGAAGCUCGGUCUGAUCCAAGGACCACCUGGUACCGGCAAGAGUUACACUGGUGUGGCUCUUAUCAAAGUCUUACUGGCAAAUAAAGAAGCUGCUGGAGGAAAAUUAGGGCCCAUAUUAUGUGUCACAUAUACCAAUCAUGCCCUUGACCAGCUUCUUGAGGCUUUAUUGAAUAACAAUGUGACAUCCCAAAUUGUCCGUAUUGGAUCCCAGUCCAAGUCGGAGAGAUUGGAAAGAUUCAACCUCCAGACUGUUUCGAAAGAUACAGCAAGAACAAAGGUGGAGAAGAAAGAAAGAUGGAGCACAGCCGAGAGACUUUCACUAUGUGAGGAUGAAUUUCGCGCCCUUGGCCUGAAAAAUGAAGUCCCUAUUUCUCGCCUCAAGUCCUAUAUCCAGCGAACAGAUCCCGAUCACCACGACCAGCUAUUUUCACUGGUCCAAGAGGAUGGUUUCUUGAGAGUAAAAACUGACAGCCCCCAAACUGCGAUCAGCUCCUGGCUUGAUUCAGCAGCUAAGGACAAUGCUUGCGCACGGCCUGUGAAUGAACUCCAGAACAUUAAUGUCUUCGAGAUGUCUCGAAAAGAACGACAGCAUCUUUACGGCCGCUGGUGUCGUGAUUGCCGCGCGGAAAUUGACGAAAGCGUCAGGCAAAUUAUUUCAUCUCACAGGGCUGCCAAACAGGGGUACGAUAGCGUCCAGGAUGAGAUGCACCUUCGCUGUCUGGCUCAAGUAGAUAUCAUUGGCGCCACUACAGCAGGGCUUGCUCGCAGAUUGAAUAUGUUCCGAAGACUUCCAUGCAAGUUCAUGAUAUGCGAAGAGGCCGGUGAAGUCCUUGAAUCACAUCUCCUUACGGCGUUUAUACCUUCUGUUGAGCAUGCAAUCCUCAUCGGUGAUCAGCAACAGCUUCGCCCCCAGGUCCAUAACUACGACCUAUCUAGCGAGAAUCCUCGGGGUGGUGUGCAAUACUCACUCGAUAUCUCCUUGUUUGAAAGACUGGUGAGCUCAAACAAAGGCCCUAUGGACUGUGGAGCCCCUUUCAGCACAUUGGAAACCCAGCGGCGCAUGCAUCCAUCUAUCGCUCGGCUGAUUCGUGAAACCCUGUAUCCAAAGCUGAAGGAUGACCCAUCUGUUUCGAAGUAUCCGGAGAUUAUGGGGAUGCGGAAAAGAUUGUUCUGGUUGGAUCACCGACUGCGAGAGGGAGGAUCUGACUCCGAUGCCAUGUCAACCUCUCACUGGAACAGUUAUGAGAUCGAUAUGACCGUUUCGCUGGUCAACCAUCUUAUUCAACAAGGUGCAUACAAACACGGAGACAUUGCAGUGCUGACUCCGUAUCUGGGCCAACUCUACCGACUACGAAAAAGGCUCGAUGAACUCUAUGCCAUUGUGGUAGGGGACCGUGAUUGCGAGGAUCUGAAGCAGGCGGGUUAUGCGGAUUAUGAAGCCAAGGACAAGUCAAAGAUCAAAGCAGCCUUGUCCCAGACUCUUCGCGUGGCCACGGUAGACAAUUUCCAAGGCGAAGAAGCCAAGGUUGUUGUGAUAUCUCUAGUCAGAAGCAACGCAAAGAACCAGUGCGGGUUUUUACGCACUUCCAAUCGAAUCAAUGUUCUGCUGUCGCGAGCGCAACACGGCAUGUACAUCAUCGGCAACUCGGAGACCUCGAUCCAUGUUCCCAUGUGGGCUCAAGUCGUAAAGAUUUUGAAGCAAGAUAAAAAUAUCGGGAAGACCCUGGAGUUGCAAUGCCCUCGCCAUCCAGAUACACCAAUAGCGGUCUCGACGCCAGAAGACUUUCCAAAGUUCUCUCCCGAAGGAGGGAACCUGAAAACAUCCAACUCAAUCAUGGAAACUGCGAGCAACGGUGUGACCGGAAUCAUUCUACGUGCGCUCAUGCCUGCAGCGUUCCUUGUCACGGUGAGAAUCCUUGUCCUCCUUGCAAAGCUCCAUGCGAAGUGCACUGUGGUCAUUCUAACUGCCCGCGAAAAUGCUACGAGCCGUGUACUCCUUGCGCAGAAGAAAAAUGCCUUUCAGCAUGCCCUCACAGUGUCUGCUCAAUGCCAUGUGCAGCCCCUUGUGAUCACCAUGGAUGCGCAAAUGGACAUGGCUCGCUACUACAAGGUCGACGCCAGUGGCAAGCCCGUCUCUAUCUCGGUAUCAUUAGCCCCGUUCUCUAUUCAAGACAUCAAAACAUGCGCGACCUGUCGUGGUCCAUUGAGAGACAUUGCCCGGUAUGGCCGGCUGGUUCGCCGAGCUAUCCUUGAUGAGUCGACGAAAAAAUUGAUCAUCCUACUCAACCAAGAAUAUGUCCCUCUUGCACAGGAACUUCCUCAGCUUGUUCGUGAAUUACAUGCAUCCGGAGGUCAAAGAAAAUAUCCAUGGCCAGCACUGAUUGAGAUAUCUGGCCCACGAAACCAUCAAAUUCAAACCAUGGGAGAAAUCAUCCAGAAGACAAAUCCAGAUCGAUGGAAUUCAAUCCUUGACUUGCGAAAGCGCGUCGAUCUCUAUCGGCGCCGCGUGAAACCCGAGGAGCAACCAUUUGAAAGGGUUCGGAGAAUGGUUGAAAAUGCUCGACAACGCCGAAAAAUAAAAAUCAACCCUGAUCAUGUCGAUAAUGUGCUACAGACCAAAGGCUUUCUACAGGGCACCGCCCUCUUAAUCCGUCUGGAUAUUGCUUUGCUCGUUGACCUUUUGAGUCUUGUUUCUCAAGGACGACCAAGCGAGGUGACGCCUCGAUUCGAGCUUGAUCUACAGAAGGUCAAGGAUGAUUGCCAGACUCUCAUCCACCAAGCGGUCAUUCACCAGCGACUUCUCCAGCAGACGGAAGGUCAUAUUUUCCUAGCACAGCUCUAUGCCCUCGAACGAGCACAUUGCUUGACACCAGAGAAGAGGGAAAAUAUCUUGAAGCAUGGCCAGACUGCUAUUCAGAAAGCGAAAGCUCUUUGCGAUGCGCACGCAGGCCAGACACGGGGACUGGUAGAUGAAGUUCGCAGCGUCGAGAAGAUGUUGCGCAGAGGCACAUUCUACACAAUCAUCACCAGCGAGGAACGCAUGGAAGUUCUUUCGGCGAUGGCUCGAGAGUUCAGAGGGACUGGGCAUUGGUACUACUGUCGCAACGGGCAUCCGUUUACCAUUGGUGACUGUGGGUUAGCCAGGGAGACGAGUCGCUGUCCCGAAUGCGAUUCCCCGGUGGGAGGCGAACAUUCUCGAUUGGCAGAGGGGGUUAGGCUGGCGGUGGACUGGGAUAUGGAUAGGGAGAGAUUGAAUCUUUAG